GAGAGAAAAAGAAAAGCGUAUUGCGGAUCAAGGCCCAGUGGAACAAAAAACGGCAGAUAUAAUUAUAUAAGGACAUGUUAUAUGUAUUGAUACUUAAAACGUAUCUUAUUUUUCUGGGAUAUUGUCCCUUUAGGCGUUUUAGCUCGCGUUCAUUCUCCUUCUUUCCUUAGUUUAUUCACCCACCCCCGGCCCAUGGCCCACCAAGACAUGUGCGCUGGUACCCAAUUUCCGCUCGAUCACAGUCUGAUAUCGAGGAGGGGUGAUAUGACGUCACUGUUUUUCCGCCAUGAUGGUUUUUCAGUGAUUUUCGGAACCUCGUGCAGAGAAAGGAACUUCACCCCUUUGGUGAUACGUUUCUGUACCAAGAAGGAGUGCCAAUGCUUGUUGUAACAGAUACAUGAACGAAGAAGACGUCGACGAAACAACUAGACUGAUGUCGGGCGAAGUAGCUUACGAGGAUAAUGACACAAGUUCUCGUGACCGCCGGCCUCGCAGUCAACGAGGAGACGAAAAUACUGAUGCGGAAGAUAGACCUGACGAAUUUGAUCAAGGAGAUGAUGUAACAGGAGCUAGAGGGCGCACAAGAAACCAAGGAAGAGAACCAAGGGUGCGAGAUGUGUCGCCUCAUGAGAGUGAAAUGGAUGAAGAGGAAAUGCUCAAAUAUGGAGCCAAGAGCGUUAUGAUGUUGAUUGUCCCAGUGUCGACUUGUAUGUUGGUUGUGGUGGCAACCAUAGCAUCAGUCACAUACUACACUCGCAGAGAAGGAACAUAUCUUGUUUACACACCAUUUCAUGAAGAUGGAGACAUUAGCCAGGCAAGGAAGGCUGGAGAGGCAAUAGCAAAUGCCUUUAUAGUGAUUGGUGUUGUCUUGGUGCUGACAAUAAUCCUAGUGUUGUUGUACAAGUUUAGAUGCUAUUGUGUAAUAUCUGGAUGGCUGGUUCUAUCUUCACUUAUGUUACUAUUCUUCUUUGGCUACAUUUAUUUCCAAGAGGUGCUGAGGGUAUACAAUGUGCCAAUGGAUUAUUUCACAUUGUCACUGAUAAUCUGGAAUUUUGGAGUUGUUGGCAUGAUUUGCAUCCAUUGGAAAGGACCACUCAGACUGCAGCAAGCUUAUCUUAUUUUAGUUAGUGCUUUGAUGGCCUUAGUGUUCAUCAAAUUUUUACCAGAUUGGACCACAUGGGCAAUAUUAGCAGCCAUUUCUCUCUAUGAUUUGUGUGCUGUUCUGUGCCCUAAAGGGCCCUUGAAGAUUCUCGUACAAACUGCUCAAGAGAGAGAUGAACCUCUGUUUCCAUCUUUAAUUUACUCCUCCACAAUGAUGUGGUCAAUUGGCAUGGCUGAUAGAGAUACUUCAGGUGAGCCAAGAGCACGACCAUUAUCAUCCACUCGUGUUAGUUCAGAAGAUGAGGAGGAGUUGCUAGAAUCUGUCGAUGGAGAGGGACCAACAAAUGAGGCAGCAGAAAAUGCUAUAAGAGCACUGGGUGCUCAUGACGAGGAACAAAAUCCACCAAAUGAGUCCCCAGAUGGUGACGAAGAAGAGAAGGGUGUCAAACUAGGCCUUGGAGAUUUCAUUUUCUACAGUGUUCUUGUUGGGAAAGCUUCCUCAUACAAGGAUUGGAACACUACAAUUGCUUGCUUUGUGGCCAUUCUUAUUGGCCUGUGCUUAACCCUCCUCCUUUUAGCUAUCUACAAGAAGGCUUUACCUGCUUUGCCUAUAUCAAUUACAUUUGGACUCAUUUUCAACUUUGCCACUACAGAGCUUGUCAAGCCAUUCAUGGACAGCCUCUCCAGUCAGCAGGCUUUCAUUUGAGUCUUUUGAACAAGAACUGCACCAUUGUUGUAAUAUUUAUGGCAGUAAAAUUUUGUACUAAAAGAUAAAAUGAGAAAUGACUUGGAAAGUUCAGUGCUCUGUGAUUCUGCUGGCCGGAGUAAUCAACUUCUCUGCAGUUCGUGUAAACCCCAGCAAAUAACUACAGUAACAGUUUUAAUGGGGGUGUGCCAUCAUUAUUUGAAAACGAUUUUGUAACAUUACAAAAUCAAAUCAGAGAAGGACUCAAAUUAAUAGAGAGAAAGACUGUGAAUUUACAAAAUGCUGGGCAGGAGGGUUGAGGGAUCUGUAGUCUGGGAUCCCAUUCAAGGGGAGAAGCAAUACUCAUACUCAAACUAAGGGUGCCAUGCUAUUUAGAAUCAAUCCACUGUGUCCACUAAUCUUUGAAAUACACUCGUAGCCUUUCAAGCAACAAAAAUAGGAACUUUAUUCAUGUUGGGGUUUUGCAGGCUACUAGGAAGGGCCAAGUUUUUUCUCUUUUUUAUCAUGACCAACCUGUCAGGCAAAAUUUGACAAGUAGAAGCCAUAAAAUGUUCUGGCAAGGCCUUCAAGUCAGUGAAUUCUGAGGAUCACUCAUAAUUUUGGUGAAUUUUUUUAUCAUUGCAUGUAUCAAACAGACAUUUGAAGCGUUACAUAUUAGACGUUAUUUCAAUGACACUUGAUCUAUUUUUGGCACUAAAUUAUUACUGCAAUGA